CACCCAUCCAAACUGAGUGGGGCGAGAUACGACCCGAAGCAACGUGCAAGUACCUCGGACUUACAAUGGACGCAAAACUACAUUGGAAAGAGCAUGUAGAGGAGAUAAGACGGAAAGCAACGAAGACAGUCAGCACGCUUAGCUGCCUGUGAGGAUCCAACUGGGCCAUAGCCUCAUGGACAUGCGAAAAAUAUACGCAGGCACUGCGCUCCCGCAGAUGAUGUAUGCCUGCUCAAUCUGGUCUAACGCAAGCGCAAAAGGAAAGUUGUACACCAAGAAAAUACUGAACACACUACAGAGCAUGCCAGAGCCAUCUGCGGGGCCUACAAGGCCACAUCAAAGGUUACGCUCGAUGCUGAGGUCUUCCUCCUUCCGAUUGAACAACAAAUAUGGAAACAUAACACCGACCUUGUCACUCGACUGCUCUCAAGUAUAGACAUCGCGACAAUCUCAGGGUUCUAGGUAAGCACAACAGAACCCACAGAGGCGACUCAAUCACGUGGAAGACACAUCAACUCCUGGGAGAACGUCCACUGCGACGUGAAGGGCAAGCGAAGCCAAGGCGUUGAAACACAAGAGCAGAUCCCAUGCUUCCUCACUCCGCCUUGGAGCCAAGGUCCGACCACCUACAUCGACACAAC